GCCGCGCUGGCGCUGCAAGAUGGCGGCCGGGCGGCCGCCGUAGGCGACAUGGGGCUUCCCGGCCUCGGGGCGCUGCUGCUGCUGCUGCUGUUGGCGGCUCCCUGCCCCGGGCAGCGGGCCGGGGACUCCGUCUUUCAGCCUUCAUUUAUCCAUAUGUCAGGGCCCAGAGUCAAUUCAUUUUUUCUUGGAAAUUCUUCAGGAGUUACUUUUUCUGUAAUUUUAAGUCCUGGAGAUGAAGAGACAGGAAAAUUGCAAGUUGCAAAUUGCAGUGGAAGUAAAACAGCUGGUGAUUGGAAUUUGGAUGUAACACCUGGUAUGAACACUUCCAAAGUGACUGUAAGCUUGACCAGAAACCUGGAGUUGUGUUUGCCCAAUGCCACUGACUGCUGCCCCUCACCUCUCUGUGUGCUGGAAACACUCCAGGUUUUAGCUUGCCGUGGUUCAGUGAGGCUGGCACAGCUCCUGAUUCAAGCUGAAAUAUUUGCCAACUCUUCCUUUGCAGGAAAUGUCUCAGAAAAUGCAACUAUCAUCCCAAACCAGGCCUUUCAGCCCUUAGGCUCUUGUCCUUGUAACUUAACAGCUGGAGCUUGUGAUGUUCGUUGUUGCUGUGAUCUGGAGUGUACACCAGACUUGAAGCAGUUAUUCAAUGGAUCAUGUUUCACUGGGGUGUUUGGUGGGGAUGUAAACCCACCUUUUGAUCAGCUGUGCUCUUCCCAGUCAAUGGAAUACACCCCUGAGUGGUUUCCCUUCCUUUGUGUACAGUCUUCUCUUGACAACACACCAUUUCUUGGCUAUUUUUAUCAUGGCUCUAUUUCUGCACCCAAAGUUCCUGCAUUUACAAUCCCUUUACAAACUUCUCCUGGGAGACUUUUCACUGGUUACAGACAAGGAGAUCCAAUUAUAACUGAAGAAAAUGAAUAUUUUACCAUUCCCCAGCAGUCCCUGGCUGGGCAGUGUGUUGGGAAUGCUCCCGUGGCGUAUCUCCAGGACUUUGAUGUCAAGUGCCUGACCAGUCUGGAGUCUUACAAGGAAGGCCUGCCCCACCAUGUGAGGAUAAACACUGGCACUGCAGACUUCAUCCAACAAAAUGUCACCUAUAGAACCGUCACUGACAGGGGCAAAUUCAUCACUGAAAGUGAAAACCUUCAUCCUGCCGAGGUUCUGUGUCAAAAUGUAACUUUUGCAGAGCAUUAUACAUUCAUUUGCAAAGACAAGAACAUUGAGCAAGUAAAUGUCACAGUCUUCCUUGGAAGCUUGUGUGAUGGAGAAAUACUGACACAGAGAUUCACAGUUGAAUUUCUGAGUUUAAAGAGUACUAAUGGAGAAGAACUGCCUGAGAAUACAGGGUAUCAAGUUGGAAAACCAGUGAGAGCUGCAAAUAUAAAUGCUUCUGAUCCUCUUGGAACCCUAAAUAUUUGGCAGCCAGCUGGCAGAGGCUUAUGUGCAUCAGCAACUUAUACACCAGUUUUAUUUGGAGUAGACUUCUACUCUGGGUGCAUUCUGGAAGUUGGGAUUAAUGAAGAUUGCAGCCUUUUAAGAGGAAAUGUAACUGAGAAAUUGAAUUCAUUAAUACAAGCUACUCACAUUGGAAAGAGGGACAAUUCCAGUUACAGUGAUCCAGAUGACUGGGUGCAAAUUAUACGUCUUGAUCCAUUUAAUUCUGAUACCAAUGUGAGCACUGGAAACUUAAAAGGCUUUUGUCCAGAUAUUCCUGCAAACCUGAAUAUUCACAUAAUGUUUGCUGAAGUGGGAGCAGUGCAAGGGAUUCCCCAGCAACAGAUUCUUGCUGUGCAGAUCAGUUACUCAACAGUCCUAUGGCAGUUCCAGUGUGGGCUGAGCUGUGGAAACAGCCUCAGCUUCCUGCCCAUCACAGCUUCUGUUCAGUUCAUUAAAGUCCCAGCUCAGCCACCCGUUCGAAAGACAAGAUACCACAGGAUUUAUGUGGAAUUUGACUGCAAUCAAAAUGAUGUGUGCUUGCAGCAACUGUUUUAUCCACUGACACGGUUUUACACAGGAGAACCAUAUUCCCAGUGUCUUGCUAAAGGCCUGCUACUGGCAUUUCUUGUUUUACUUGCAGUAAUUAUGAGCAACCCUUGGUUUUCUAAAUUAUGGAACAGAUAGGUAAAAAUUUAUAUAAACAUUUAAAAAUACAUAAAAUCAGUACUUUUACAGUGUACAGAAAAUGGCUGUGUUAUUUAAACCAAAAGUAAUAAAUUAUUUUUAAGCUCCAGACUCUGUGUUUGGAGCAGCAAAGUGCAGAGUUAACUUCAAGAGGGUGGCGAGUUCAGCCCAGAGGCUACAGCAGGGUUGGGGUCAUCCCCAUGGAUGGAUCUUUAUCCUCUCAAGCUGGUUCUCUUCUCCGGGAGUAGAAGCUCCUCUUCACAGCAAACUCCUAUUUUUGGAGCAGUGGGCAGACUGCUCACACUUCAGAAAAGUCACAACGCUUCAGCUGUUUUCAUGUGUCCACCUAAAAUUCUCUUUUCCAGUUAAUGCUUUGCAUUGGCAACCUGGGCUCCACAGGGCAGGAAACGUUCACUGAUUGUCCUCAGGUGAUGAAACACAACGUUGGGGACUUUUUGGGGUUUGGAUGGGCCAGAAAGUUGAUCAAAGAACUGGAGCACCUCCCCUAUGGAAACAGGCUGAGAAGGUUGGGGCUCCUCAGCCUGGAGAAGGUUGUGUGGAGACCUCAGAGCACCUUCCAGUAUCUGAAGGGGAAUACAAGGAACCAGAGAGGAGCUCUUUGUCAGGAACUGAAGUGAUAGGACAAGGAGUAAUGGGUACAAACUGAAAGAGGGGAAAUUUAGGCUGGAUAUUAGGAAGAAAUUUUUCC